UAGAGAUUAGACAACAUCGGCAGCACGUGUGAAGAUGACUGACGAGAAAAGUGUGAAAAGGAGAAAACGUCCGUUACACAAUAAAGAUAAAAGGGCGAAGUCUAAAAAAAGGAAAACAGAAAGAGCACAGGAUGACUUCACUGAAGCGAAGUUUAAGUCCCUCCUACACGAUCCAGAGACUACCUUGUCAGGUCUCCAGAAGUUUUUGGAGCACUUUACAACAGACCACGAAGAUAAAGUCAUAGAGAUAUCAAAUUCUAAAGGACUUGCGCUGCUGAAAUCAUACCUUCUUAGUUCUUCCCAGUGCACAGAAGUAUUGAAUGUUCUUAGCAGACCCCAAAAAUCUUCUCAAGAGGUUCAUGCAGUUUUUCAAUGGCUAAGAAUUACUUUAAAGGAGUGCAAAAGGGUCGUGGCUUCAUUUUCAGAAGUGAGACAACACAUAGUGAAUACACUUUUUACAAAGCACACACCUAUGAUCCUCAACAGUCUGCGUCAGGGCAACAAACCUGCCCAUCUAAAGACAACUCUUCUUUUACUAGCUGACAUUGUUGAGUUGGGAUACAAGUAUGCCAGACUUAUUCUCAUCCAGUUUGAUUUCAAUCACCGCAAUCUUCCUUAUCUAUUGUUGCAAAAGGAUAGAAAGGAUCCUUGUGAUGUAAGAUCAUCAAUGAUAAUAUUCCUGAUGAGGCUGCUUUUGAUUGAAGAUCUGGAAAUUACUAAGACUUUGGUGGAUCAAAAAGUCUUGCUGCAAGAAACUCUCAAGGGCCUUGCUUAUGACAGAUCAGAAUAUGUGAGAUUUGUCUUAACUACCAUUCAUGACACCAUUGUGAUAAAUGAAGCCAUUGGCAAGACAGCCAAGGUUCACUUAUUCAGCACUCCUGUGUUGAGAGAGGUUUUGGCUUUAUACCAGUGGCCAGGGCCUACGCAUUGGAAGAGUCAUCCCUCAGAACUUGAGAAGCGAAAAUACACAUCAGAACAGAUGGAAGUGGCAGACAUUCUUCAUGCAAUGUUGAUUGAUUUGUGUGCCACACACAAGCCUGGCAUAUGUUUCAACGAUAAAACAUUGGGGUCCACUGAGAACAAAAAUCCUGCAAUGACCAAGCUUUUGGAGACACUCUUAACAUCAUACACUGCUCCAAAGUCUCACAAGCUAGCUCUGGCAAUCUUAAAGGCAUGUCCUGACCAGGUCAACACAUUUCUGAAACACUUGUAUCCACAUCUUGUGCCACGUUCAGUUGACACCUGGAUAGCAUGUGUCCAAUUUUUUAAACAGAUUGUCCAAAACUAUGACUGGCCAUCCACCCUAACAGAUCCUGGUGAAGGGAGUGAUAGGAUAUCGCAGUUGGUUCAUUUUCUGUUUCCUCCAGAGAACAUUAUUAACACCCUGAAAGAUGGAUUGCAUCACUCCUGCCCCACUGUACAACACCAGUCUCUGCAAGCACUCCUGGUGAUCAUGAGAAAGGGACAGCACUUUCAUGACAUCUCCAGCCAGAAGUUUGGAGACAACGCACCUCUGACUCAAGCUGUUCAUGGAUUCAUCUUAAAGGUUAUCCCAAGCCCCCAACUGCUUCUACAUUGUCUUGCAUCAAAUGGCAUUUACUGAAAAAUUCAGCACUCCCAUUACCCGGGACUUGUACAAAGAUACAGAAAUGCCAUUGCCACAUGUGACUCGCUUUGAACAUUUAGUGACCAUUCUAAAGACAUUUUGCGCAGCACCUCAUCUUCUGAACAGUGGUCCAAGUGAGAUGGUUCCACUGGUCUUGUCCCUCUUGGCAGAGGUGACAUCUUCUAGUUUGGAAAUUGACAGGCCUCCCACUGGAAUGUCUUCCACGUUACCAGCUUUGUGUUUACUGCAGGCAUUCUCAGCCUGUGAUAUCCGUAAACUUUCUUUAUUUGGAGAACCAGGUAACAAGGGAGAGAAGAAGAUUGGUUUGCUCCAGCAGCUGAUUUCUUUUACUCAGAGUGAGGAUGCUGUGUAUAGUGAUGCAGCACAAAGGAUGGUAGUAAAGAUUCUUCUGAGCACUGGUCUCUUUGAGGGACACGAGGGAGAGCUGCACAUCUGGCUCCGCCACCUUGAAUGUUCAGAUGAUGUUUCAUCUUCGUCAGGGUAGUGACAUUUCUCGUCGACAUUUUACGUCAGUAUAUUGUCAAUCCUUACCCUGCCAAUGAUCAGCUGAUGGAGAUGAUGGAUGAAGAGGACAAUCUGUGUAUGGAUAAGACUGGUUUGAGUCAUUCCUUUUCACCCCUGAGUAUGCUGGCCUUGAAGAGCAGCGUUCAUUCCUCUGAAAAUGUGCAGGGGUACAUUUGUCGUGUGCUAGUAGAUAUCCUUCACUCUUUGCAUGACAGCAGAGCUUUCAUCAGAGUGGUAC